CAUUACAGGUACAACAGUGAGAAGCCUAUUUAUUUCUUAAAUUCCAUUAAGCAAAGAUAUUUGUCACAAUGACAGACCUCAGGAAGAAGACUUCUGCCAUCAUGUCUACAGCUGGGGCAAUCCCAGUUGUAAAUGAAAAAGGUGAAGUCUCCAUGCAGAAAGUGAAAGUUCACCGCUAUGUGUCAGGCAAAAGGCCAGAUUAUGCUCCUGAGUCAUCAGGGGAGGAAGAGAGUGAGGAGGAGGAGAUUGCAUUCCUUGGGGGAAAGCGCACCAUUGCUGGCCCUGCUGCUCAUGAUGAAGAUGAAGAAGAUCUGGUUGGAGUUCUAUCUCCUCCUCCUUCACCUGAUAGUCCAAGCUUAAGAGAAGCCGUAAGGGAUGAUCCUCGCCUCCGACGUCUGCAAAAGCUCGAAGAAGAGCCACCCGAUGAGGAAGAGAUCAUUCGAAGGCAUCGUGAGAUUCAGGAGCCUGAGGUUUUGGAAACUGAUGAGGAAAAAGAGGCAUCAGAAGAGGAAGAAGUACCGAUGGAAUUAGAAGGGCCCAGAAGGGUUAGAGCCGAGGGCAGUGAAUCUGAAGAUGAAGAAUUGGAAGAAGAACUCAGUGAUGAAGAAAUUGAGAGGCGUAGAGCCAUGCUCAAGCAGAAGGCCAAGCUCCAGAGAGAAAGAGAAGAGGAACAACUGAGAAAGGAAGAGGGCUCGUCUGAUGAAGAAGAGGAAGAAUCUUCAGAAUACGAGGAGACGACUGAGAGUGAGGAGGAAGAAGAUGAGGAUGUAGCUGGUCCUCGGCUGAAACCAGUUUUUGUAAGCAAGAGAGACCGCUUGACAAUUCAGGAAAAGGAAAAGGAGGCACAGAGGCAGAGGCAAGCAGAAAUCGAAGCCAGAAGAAUGGCUGAGGAGAGAAGACGCCAGACACUGAAGAUUAUUGAGGAUGACAUGAAGAAGGAAUUGGAAGAAGUGAAGGAAAAACAGCCUGGUGAAGACAUCAUGACAGAUGAUGAGAAUGAUGAGGCGGACUAUGAGGCUUGGAAGGUGAGGGAGUUGAAGCGUAUCAAGCGGGACCGUGAGGAGAAGGAAUCCCACGAGCGGGAGCAGCAGGAAGUGGAUCGACUGCGCAACCUCACCGAGGAGGAGAGACGGGCCGAGCUCCGCAACAACCCCCGCCUUGUCACCAACAAGGCUGUCAAGGGGAAGUACAAGUUCCUCCAGAAGUACUAUCACCGUGGAGCUUUCUUCUUGGACAAGGAGGACGACGUCUUCAAGCGGGAUUUCUCUGCUGCCACUUUGGAGGAUGUCUUUGACAAGACAGUGCUACCUAAGGUCAUGCAGGUGAAAAAUUUUGGUCGAAGUGGUCGUACAAAAUAUACCCACCUGGUGGAUCAAGACACCACGGCCUUUGAUUCCCCAUGGGCCAUGGAAUCUGCUGUGAACCUCCGCUUUGCUGCCUCUCAAGCUGGUGGCAUGAGACAAGUUUUUGACCGCCCCUCUCUCAAGAAGAGGAGGAACUGAAUGUCUGAUUGAUUGUAUGUACUUG